AACAAAGCAGAGCAGAAUCAGAAUCGACGAGUGAGAGCUGCUUGUGGUGCAACUUGCUCAGUGCCAGCGCGAGUCGUCUUUUGCUUCAGUCGCACAGCGUCUUGAGGAGCGUGCCAUCGUCGGGGUAGACUGUGAUCGGUGUGUCAAACACAAUGAAGGGCCUUCUGGGAAUGGUGGCUGUGGCCCUUGUAGUGGCCCUAGCCAGCGCUGAUUCCGGCGCUGAAACCGAAAAUUACUGCUACCACGAUGUCUCGGUCUCCUGUAGUGCGGGUGCGGAAGAGUCUUCCUCCACCAACUGCAAUGCAGUCUACGGCAGUGCUCACAAUGUCAUGGAAGACAUCUCCAACUACGUGAACACCCACAUCACUCGUAGUUUCCAAUAUCUGUUGAUGUCAACACACUUUGGCAGCUAUGAGGCCAACAGACCAGGUUUUGAAAAGCUCUUCCGUGUUCUGUCAGACCAGGCCUGGAAUCAUGCUCAGGGUUUGAUCAAGCAUAUGACCAAGCGUGGUGGGAAAAUGGACUUUGAACACCGUGAGGAGGACAAACUUGCUGAGCGCAACCCCAAGAAGGCCGUGUAUGAGCUGCGUGAGCUUGAAGGCUUGGCCCGUGCUCUGGAUAUUCAGAAGUCUCUUGCUAAGCAGGCGUUCAACCUUCACAAGAAGUCUAAGGAUCCUGAGCUGAACCAGUAUCUGGAGGAGGAAUUCAUUGAGGGUCAUGCUGAUACCAUCCGCAACUUGGCUGGCCACACCACUGACCUGAAAAGCUUGUCGAAGGGACCUGAUGCCAGUCUGUCUGUGUAUCUUUUCGAUGAGUAUUUGCUGAAGAAGUUGAGUGGUUAGUCAUCUUCUCUAACCCUUGUUAAAUAACACAUUUUUAAAAAAAAAAUCUUGAAGGAAGGGGGAACAAGUUCUUUUUAUAUUCAAGAUUAGUCUAUCAUUUCUUGAUUACUAUUUUUUGAGAUUUGAAAUGAUGUGAGACCAAUAUGUUGCACACUCUGGUUGAGAUGGCCAAGUGUCUUGAAUUUUAAAUUCCCCUGUGAAAUGCUAAAUUUCUUCAUUGCAUACUCUAGCUUAGGUGGCUAAGUGUCAUCAAAUUUAGCAAUCAAAAUUUUCUUACCCCUAAGUGGUCAAAAUAUUUUCCUUCAUUUUAUCUUUGCACACUCUGGUUAAGAUGGCCAAGUGGCUUUUUAAGUCAUUAAUAUUUUGUGGUCAUCAGUCUUAGAGCCAUUGUGUUCAAUAGCCUGAUGAACAUUGUUUCCUGGUUCUGUGAUAAGAGUUAAACCAAGUGAUGCUGUGUUAAAAUAAUUUGUAGAGCAAAUUGCAGUGUAUUUAUUAGUUGCCAUAAAGAAAUGACUUUGUAGUACUUGUGUGCGUGGAGAAAUUUGCAGCUAGUCUCCCAAGAUUCAGUAAUUAACAGUAUAUCAUUUGUUUAGAAAUUGUACGUUUUAGUGAUAAGUGAAUUGUGAAGUGAACAUAUUGUGUACAUUUUUAAUAAAACCUCAGUUUUCAAUAUUAUUGA